CUUACUGCCAAUAUAGGAGUAUUACAUAUAUGCUUCUAGUAUUUGGUUUUCUAAUGAUGAGCAAAUCGAUAUAUUAACAAUGUAAGCUGCCAAUGAUGUAAUCCGAAUGGAAUAUCUCGAGGAGCUCUUUUGUGCUAUGCUGAAAAGGUUUUCUUGAUUGUUUGCCUUGUGCACACACUGUGCAAUCUGCAUCAAUUGUUUUGUCAUCAAAUUUUAAGCCAUCAACAGCUUGCUUCAUUUGCUUCAGACUCUUGAAGUUUAUAUGACCUAGUCUGCGAUGCCAAGUUAUUGCAGAAGUUUCUAAAUUUCUACACAUGUUAGAUGAACCUGACGUAAAUUUAUACACGCCAUCUUUAGGUUUGCAACUUGCAUAAGGAGUUCCUUGAGAUUCGUAUACAGUGCAACCCCUGCUGUCAAAUACGAUUUUUUUCCCGCUUCUACCAUUCUAUAGGCCGAUAAUAAAUUUGCUGAUAAGUCUGGUAUAUGCAGUACAUUGUUAACGUCAACUACAUACUCCCUAUUCUAGCGCCCUCAUAAAAAUCACCAUACUCGCUAUUGUGAGUUUUCUCACUAUUGUGAGGUUCACCCAAUGCUGGCGAAAAUACAAAACAUAAAAAGAUCACAAUUGUCAGAAAAUUUGUGAUGACGACAUAUGAACCUCACAAAGCAAAAACAGCUGUUUUUUGAGCAUUUUUUUUAUUAAAUUCUUGCGUUUGUUUCAUGUAAUGUGAAAAUAAUGGAGGAGCUAUUGUGUUAGCGGCAGUUAUGGAGGGACAAGAGGAAGCGAUAAAGAGAAGGAGGCUUCUGAAAAGCAUGCGCGACAAAAGUGAUCCGUUUUCCAUGGAGGAUGUUAUAUUUUUGCAAAUGUUCCGGUUUCCAAAAUCCCUGUGUCGAGCGUUGAUAGAAGAAUUGGAACCGAAUGAUGUUCAGAAGUCCAAUAUGCCCUUUACUCUUCGCUUCCUUGCUUGCUUGUAUUUUUACUCGCAUAGGUCUUAUCAAAAAUGUGUUGGGAAUAGCUAUUCCAUUUCAAUGAGCCAGGCAUCUGUUUCCCGCGCUCUGCACUUCAUAUCGAAGAUAAUCGUGGAUGUUAAAGCGGGUGAAGUGCGUUUUCCAUCAACUCUACAAGAGGUUGCAGAAGUGAAAAGAGGGUUCUAUACAAAGUUUGGAAUAAAGGGUACAAUCGGAGCAGUCGAUGGCACAUACAUUGGGAUUAUAUCACCAACGACCACAGACGCCAGAACUCCCGUUUCUCUCUUUAUGAAUAGGAAGGGGUUUUAUAGCACAAAUGUUGAGGCAUUAAGUAAAAGUUGGUUUUUAUAAAAUGAUCGUUAAAUGUUACAGGUCAAAACGAUUUUUUUAACAAUAUCAAAGGUGUGUGACCAUCGACUCGUGUUUACUGGAGUCAAUGCGAGAUAUCCAGGCUCUUGUCACGAUUGUGGCAUCUGGACCACAUCCCCAACACGAAUGCAUUUGAUGAGAAAUCACAGCACACAAAGUGAUUCGUGGCUGUUAGGAGAUCAGGGGUAUCCGUUGGAGCCCCUGGCUCCUGGCUUUUAACACCUGAGGCAGAGCCCUCAAACUGUAGGGAAAUUAAGUACAACAAGAUGCACGCUAAAGCACGCAAUACCAUCGAAAGAGCUUUCGGUGCCUGUUGAAAGAGCAGCGACUAUUAUAUACGCUUGUACGAUUCUCCACAAUAUUCUUUUGAAGAAUGGCGUGGCUGCCGACCUUGGAUUCGAAGUAGUUGAAGAACUGGAAGAUUGCGAAGUUGUGAUCGAAGGUGUAGAAAAUUCAAAUGCAAGGGAGGGGGCAAGAGUAAGGGAACGGUACAUAAUGUUUUUAAGAACCACAACUCUUUAAAUAUACAGUGGUCGAAAAAAUGAUAGUCGCACCACACAUUGACAAGUUUUUAUAUAAAAAAUAAAGUUCCUUCUUUAGCAAAACCGUUGUAAAUCCAAGUUUCAAACUCUGUCCAAUAUUCCAAACACAUGUGAACAA